AUGACGCAAGAAAACAAGCGACUUGAAAGCCAUGUUGUCAAACGAUUAGAGUCAGAUAGUUUAAUGUCGUGCAGCCAUCUAUGCUUGAGAAACGCCUGGUGUACUUCCACAAAUUUUGAGGCUACCUCCAGCGAAAAUGGCAGAGGAACUUGUGAAUUGAACAAACACGGAGCCAUCAACAUUGACAGCGAGUUUUACGAACAACAAGGGGUCACUUUUUCAGUGCUUCAGAAGGAAUGUCUCAUGACUGGCUGCUUAAAUAGCGGAUCCUGUGUGAAUGCCGAAAAGAAACAAAAAUAUUUAUGUUUGUGUAAGAAAGCUUGGACUGGAGAAAAAUGCGAAACAAAAAUCGCAAAAGGUUGGUAUUCUCAUCAUCCUGCCGAUUCCUGUAAGGACAUCCGGGACUCUGGUGAUUCUAAAGGAGACGGGGAGUACUGGAUCGACCCUGAGAACAAUGGAAACCCUUUGAAAGUAUAUUGCGACAUGACAACUGACGGAGGAGGUUGGCUUCUUGUUUCCAACAUUGUGAAGACUUCACUAUCCCUUCAGCUGUCAGUUGAGACGUCAUACCGUGCAAUCGGCAGUUACCAUAACAACAAGACAGUUCUCACGAAAAGUGCCAUGAAGGAGCUGUGGACUCACUUGUCUUUCACUCAAAUGAGAUUUCCCUGCAGUAAGCAACGGGGGCGUACAUUCCACGUGACCACGGUCACUAACAGCAUUGGUGAAGCUGUAGUCCAGUAUUUCAGCGGUCAGACUGACGUCAUGCCACACUCGUGUAAUUCAUUUGUUGCAAUGGACGAUGACACCUCCAAAGCAGCGAAAGUUUGCAAAAAGUGGGGACUAGAAAAUGGCGUAAAAAAUGUUGGUAAAUGGUCUGGGUCUGGACAAAAUGAAUCAAGAUUAUACCGCUGUAUUGUUUUUGUUUGGUAUGGCUAUCAUUGGCUGAUUUCACCAGAAGGCGGAAGAGUGGAAUGCGAUGAAUUCCACGGUGGAGUAUACGCUGGUGAUUUCUGGAAAAUUUAUGUUCGCUAGAGGCUUGAUAAAUUGACCGUAGACAUGUUUUUGUUUGAGCACUCAACACAGUUUUAUUUUAAGCUUUUAGAAAGUUUUGUUUGCAUUUUCAGCUGCUCGUCUAUUAGUAUAGCUUGUGUGCACCUACCCACUCUCUCACAGGAGAAGGGGCGGAUGUACACAGGCUGUUAGUAGUACAAACAAGAAAACAAAAAGCGUUCCAAUUAUAAGCACGUUAGUAAUUCAGCUUUGUUUUGUAGAUGGUUGUUGUAAAAUUUUGCCCGCUAGUUCUGACUUUUCUUUGUUUGUUAUUAGUCAUGACAAAGAAGUUAAGUUAAAUGUGAUCAUUUUGCACACAGAGAUUAAAUUCAGGGGCGUAGGUGAUGGUCAGACCCCUAGGCUAGCCCUUGCAAAUCUUUUUGUCCGCCCUCUUGUUUUUUUAAAAUGCAGGAAAUACAAUUUGCUGAAGCAUUUUCAAGGUUGUAUGUCAAAUACAAAAGUUUCAAUGAGUGCUUUUUUAGUAACACCACUGCCAGGUGACUGUCUAGUGCAAUCAGCGGCUGAAAUUU